AUGUCAAAACUCGUACGAGUCGGGGCCGUCCAAUCAGAGCCAGUAUGGCUUGAUCUCAACGGUAGUGUUGAUAAAACAAUCUCACUAAUUGAAGAGGCGGCCGCGAAAGGUGUCAAUGUCCUCGGGUUUCCAGAAGUUUGGAUUCCUGGAUAUCCAUGGAGUAUGUGGACAUCGGCAGUAAUCGAAAAUUCCCACAUUAUUCAUGAAUACAUGAAUAACUCGAUGCGAAAGGACUCACCCGAGAUGAAGAGAAUCCAAGCAGCUGUGAAAAAGGCUGGCAUGGUGGUCGUGUUGGGCUAUAGCGAGCGUGAAGGGGGGAGCUUGUACAUGGCGCAAUCUUUUAUCAGUCCGUCAGGCGAUAUAGUACAUCAUCGUCGCAAGAUCAAGCCGACUCACAUCGAGCGUACUAUCUGGGGCGAGGGUCAAGCCGAGUCACUCACUUGCGUCGUAGACUCUCCCUUUGGGAAGAUCGGUGGGCUUAACUGUUGGGAGCAUCUUCAGCCCCUGCUACGGUAUUACGAGUACUCACAGGGAGUACAAAUUCACGUCGCCUCUUGGCCGGCAGAGUUUGAGAUGCCAGAUCCCGAGAAGAUUGCUUGGUUGUAUCAUGAGACUGGAGAGGCUUCUUAUCGCGCAAGCCAGUUCUUCGCCAUCGAGGGGCAAGCUUUUGUGCUGGUGGCAUCGCAAGUUUUAACCGAGAAGAAUCUGCACAAGAACAACUUAAUCGGAAACCCAGUGACCACAACGCCUGGGGGUGGCUUCUCGAUGAUAUUUGGUCCAGAUGGAAAGCCGUUAUGCGAGCCAGUAGACGCUGGGUCAGAGGUGAUUCUUACAGCUGAUAUUGAUCUUCGAGAUAUCGACAAGCCGAAGGCAUUCAUUGAUGUUGUAGGGCACUAUGCUAGACCGGAUCUCUUGAGCCUGUUGGUGAACCCUACUGAGGAUAAGCAUGUGACGGCAAUGAAAAAGUGA